GUGGCACCGAAUCGACACAACGGCGGGGCCCAAUCGCUUCUUCUUCUAGCGGCAAUAUUCAGUCUCUCUUUUGCAUCUUUUACACCAUCUUCAUUAAGUUCGCCUUCCGGAAAGCCAGCUGCUCUUCAUUCAGAUGAACUAACAUGCGAGGAUAAGUUCAAAAAUGCUGAAAAGUUUACAUUCAACGAAACUGACCUAUCUUACGAUAUUAAACAUUUGAUGAACUCUUAUUACAACUGGGGAGAAUUGUUAGCUCUUGCUCCAAUUGCUGUAAGCAGACUGGAAAAGCUAAUCGUCAUGUCUUAUCAGCCGAGAAUGGAUUUUCGACUCAACACUGAGAAUUUAUCUUCUGGCAGUUAUGAAUUCAUCAAGUACCAGAAUAAUUUCCAAACGACUUUACUUCAAAUUGGUCAUCAAGGCUAUUUGGUCUUCCUCAAUGCUCACGUUAACAUCCACAAGAUCCGAAUGUACAAUUCAAAAGUAUCCAGCCAUAUCAAGGAUGCCGUCCGGUAUCUGAUGUCCAAAAAUGAACUUUACAUCGUCGAGUUACUGCCCAUAUCGCUGGGGCGGAUCAAAGAAGCAGCCGACGGGAAUAAAAUGUUGUUGCACCAAGUAGAUUCCAAAUUAAGGACAGUAAUAGAACUGAUUCAAGCGACUAUUCUCUGCGUAACAGUUACUAAACAUAUAAACGAAAAUGAGCUGGAGAGAGUCGAACUGGAUUUGAAAUCGCUCUCUGGGCGUCGGAAGACACGGCAAGAUGUGGAAAGAACCAGCGCAUUAAACGUCGCCAAAGGAAAUUGCCUGGAAGUUAUAAGAGCCCUGCAAGAAGGAAGACAAGAGUUGGAAAAUUUGAAAAGAGAUUGGUCUAAAUUGAAAGACUUCUACUCUAGAAUGGAAUAUUUCGUUGCAAAAGCUACAGAAAACAGCAUAGCUUUUAUCGAGGUUGUAAGAGUGAUCGCAAAAGACCUAAACGUUUUGGACGAUGAAGAAAUAUUCGUAAAUCUCUUAGAAAAGAUUCAAAAGGCGAAUGAAGCUUCAUUCCUUGUUCGUGGAGUGUCCGACAUGUACGCCAGCGUCUCAGUAAAGUACAUUAUGGAUCAAAUCGCAAGUCAAGGUGACAUAAUGGCCAGAAUUGACAACAGUCAAGUUGAAAUCGAAGAGAUUCGAAAUGACCUGAUGAGUGCCCACCGUAUUCGUGACUACAUUAAGGCGGACGAGAUUUCACUGCGAACGAGGUUUGUUGAUCGACACAAUCAAAUUAUGGACGAAUACCAAUGGAUGUUGGAAAGUUGGAUUGUUCCAGCCCCGAGGAUCGAGAGUUCAGCAGAAGAAAAGAGUAAAUUCCUGUCUGUCUCGUCCAAUACAAAAAAAAAAAACAAUUUUGUAGUGAAUUAAACCGUUCUAUUUACACGGAAAAUAAAUUUGGGUCUGCUUCAG